GUUGUAUUUUCUGACGAUGCUGUGGUGUCUAACGUUGAUGUUGUGUUGGGUAUCGGUUCGUACGGGGCACAUUAUCGGUAAAAUAGCUAUAGUGGUAACUUCAUUCGUAACGUUGGUUUUGGUAUUAUUGCCAAAAGGCGAGUCGUACAGUGCUAGCAGUGCCAAUUUUUACGACAAGCUGUACGUACCGCGGUUUUUGAUACUCGUGUUUCUGUAUGUUUGCGCGGCCGUCGGGGGUCUGUUCGCAUUCGUUCAUGUUUGUCUCACACCCACACAGACGCGUAAAGUCAGGAGUUUCUAAUGCUUCCUUUUGCCAAUAUGUCUAAUGCAAUAUGUCAGAGCCUGCGGUCGCCUAUAAAGCGCCUGGCCAACCUCCGCCGAGCCUACCCUAUAUCUACGUCCCUUGUACACAAUGAGACUAUACUAGUUAAAAAUAACGACGAAUUCGUCAAUAAGGUAAUGAACAGCGACAAGCCCGUGAUAGUGAACUUCCACGCGGACUGGUGCGAGCCCUGCAAGAUCCUGACGCCGAAGCUGAAGGAGCUGAUCGAGCCGCUGAACAACCUCGACCUGGCUGUCGUUGAUGUAGAGGAUAACGCUGACCUGGUGCACACGUUCGAGGUGAAAGCAGUUCCCGCAGUAAUAGCAAUAAAGAACGGCAUCAUAGUGGACAAAUUCAUCGGACUAGUGGACGCGGACAUGAUCACUGGACUCAUAGACAGAAUGGCCGGUAAGAAAAAGGAGAGCGCGUAGACACCACAGAUUAUAUCUACCGGUAACAUCGGGUUUCUUUUUGACCCUAGGAGGUAACUUUGGUCCAAAUUCUACAACCAAUAGGAAUCCAGAAUAAAACGUAUAUUAGUUUUUCAUUGGUCUAAAAGUUUGGGUCAAAGUUACCCUCUAGGGUCAAAGAAACCCGAUGUUACGGUACAGAGAUGUCAGCCUGUGAUGCUCAAAGAAGGAUUGUUAGCUUUAUAGACUCCUUGGUGUGUAAGGGGCGGGUAUGGAUAUUAUAGAAGGUUUUUUAAAAGUCUAAAUAGACUAUCUUUGCAGUGCCAUAUACUGCAACUUGCUUUAUACAUUUUAAAGAUAAUGUUAAAUGAAUUAAUGGUUAGAGUAUCGGGUAUGGGAUGUUAAAAACUGACUGAAAUCUAUAUUUUUUUUGUCAGUGAGACCAGACUGACUAUUUUAUCUUUGACUCUUACAUCAUAAUAUUAAGUGCAAGUUUAAUUUAGUUGUUUUCUAAUUAAAGCUUUAUUGUACAAGUAAAUUGUUUUGGAGUGUUGACAAUAAAUUAAUUGUAAUAAUUUUGGGAAGGGAAGCAUAUUUUUAUAAACACACGCUGACGUCUCAAUUUGUAAAUAAUAUAAAGCAAUUAUUUUACGUUUUGUAGCAAAGAUCAAUUAGACAAUAUUUUAUUAUUAUUUCUUUAUGAUUUUGUUCUGUUUUAACUGUACAGUCAGCAUCAAAAGUUUGAAGUGAAAAACUUGCCAAAAUUUGUGACAAUUGUAUAAAAAAAUUAAGAUUUACAUGAAACAAUGAAUUUAUUUUUGUAAAUAGGCUACAAAAGAGCACGUUUACACGUCAAAAUUAUAUAUAUUAUAUACUAGAUGAGGUAUUAUAUUAUGUAUUCUAAAGUACAUAGUAGAUAUUUAUAAUACAAUAAUUAUUAUAAGACAAUAAAUUCUCGAAGCUGUGAUACUUAUAUCGAAAAUGAUCAUUUAAAUGCUUAUGAUGCUGACUGUAUCAGUUGUUCUAGUAGUCUGAAUCUGAAUGAUUUUAGUUUUGUUUGUUAUCUAUGAUAUUAAAUAGAAAUAAUCAACAAUAUGUUACGAAAACUCAGUUUAGCUCGAUUUGAAAUGAGUAUUUUUACAAAAUGUUGCUUUAGCUCUAUACAGCUGUUUUAGUCACUAAGAGUCUGACACUCCCUCUCGCCUCGCCCAAAGCGGGAGAAAUCAUUGGAUGAUUUUAUAGCUGUCGAGAGACUUAAGUAUAAUUUUUAUUGGGAAAAUGUUGAUAUUUUAAAAACAAAUUCAUUAAAUCAAACAUGAACACAAUUCUAUUUUUGUUUCUAUUUUGAGAUACUUUUCAGCUAUUUCCUUACUCAUGAAAUGAAUGGAGUUUUCAUAACAUAUUGUCUUCUAUUUACGAGUACACUCGUAAGCUCAAUUGCUGUUGCAGCUUUAUUUUUAUACACAUAGAACCUAAUUUUGCACAUCACACUAUUUUUUUUAAUGUAGCUGAUUGUGUUUAUUUUUCUGUUUAUAAGUAGUCACAGCUAAACAAGAAGCUAUGCAUGGCCAUUAUAAAUUGACCGUUAAAUGUGUAGAAAGAUGCAUACAUAGUGAGACAAUGAUUAUAUGGUUUUAUAUAGCUAUGAGCUAAAGCUUUAACUUAAAAUCACGGUUUAAUCACGUAGACGCGGCGACGUCGCGUAGCCUACCACAGUAGGCUGCUUCUCAUCAUAAAGAGUCCCUUUGUGACUCGAAACUUGUAGAACUUUUCUGUAUAUUUAUACGUACGUAAACCGUGAUUUUUAGUGAAUUUAGUAUGUCUCACGGUAAUUAUUAUAAAAAUAUAGCUAAAGCUUUAGUGAUACUGAUGAUAUUUUGAAAAGUUAUCGUGAAAUCGAGAAUUGAAUUUGUCUUUUACAGAAUGAAAGGAUUCGACAGCAGCAUAUUAUUAUAAAAUAUUUGUUAUCUAUUAUUAUACUCCUGUAUAUUAAUUAUGUUAAUUGUGACAGCUUUUAGAGGUAUUCCACGAUUUAUUUUGUGCCUACACUAAUAUUUUUCUAUUGGUACACUUUGGAACCAAUUAAUUAUUACAAGUUUUAUAAAUUCAGAUCUAUAAUCAGCAUGCUAAAGUCGAUAUUUCUUUACCGCACUUCAAGCUUAUGAAUGGAAGACCUCUUAUAUUAUUAUACAUUAUAUUAUGCUGAUAUUUCACGUGUAUAAAACUCCACUGUACCCAUUUUUUCAAUAUUUAGAAGAAUAUUUGAGGUGGUUUACACCUUGCCUUAGGUUAUAGAUAUAUGAAAUAUUUCUUAUCUUUACAAUGUAACAUGUUAUUGUUCCUAUGUUAGUUAAUUCUAUUGUUAUGUUUAUUCAAUGUUUACUAAGGUUGGACCACACUAUUUUCAAGACUGACUAAUCUUUGUUGUGAUGGAAAAUGUAUCAGUAAAUAUAAAAUAUUGUGGCGCAACCUUUACUCGUAUGAAAAAUCUUUGAAAAUUGUAUUAAAAUAAGAGUUAUAUGUUUAAUCGGUUUGCAUAUUCGUUUGUCUACAAUUAUAGGCCUAGUCUGUCUGAUUUUUAAGUGUAAAAAAUAUAUUUUUUCUAUGAA